AUGACAGAUUCAAACUUUAGCAAAGAGGCAGUCAUCAUGCCUAAUUUUCAACUCUUGCUUCUACAUUAAAUGCUCAAGAUAAGGUCAAAGGCAUUGAUGGCGAAUAGCUUUAUUCAAGAUCACAAUCCUAACAUAUUAUCAACCUAGGGUGUUCAUUAUCAACACAGUCUCAAAUAUGAUCAAAAGGGGAGACCUCUUUGGAAUAUGGAGAUUAAUAAAGAAUCACCUUCACCUAAUUCCUACUAUUACAAGUCCAAUUUUAAAUCCCUAAUUGAGCAAAGUAAAAAUAAGCCAAAUAAAUGCCAGUUUGGUGAACCCUAUGAGAAGUUUAAAAGAACAUGCGACAUUUAAAGUAAUAUCAAGGUAUUUGAUCAUUCUAAGUACAAUGUUAAUGCUACAUCGCAUUCCCCUAAUCAGAGAAUUAUUAAAAGUAGAGUGCCUGCUUAUACAAUUGGAGCUUAUGAACAUGACUUAUUCCAAGAAGAGAUUUAGAGAAGUCAGCAGGUGCCAGCCCCUGAUAAUUAUAAUGUUAAUGACGACAAUGUAAAGCCCUAAAGAUAUAAUAAUAUUGGCUUUGGUUUGGACAUAAAAUCAACACUAAAGCCUAUCAAGUAUUCUCCAGGUCCUGGUGAUUAUAACAUCGACCAACUCACAAGCAUGAAUUGCAAGAUUUAGAGUAGACUAAGAUAGCAUAACUUCAGGCAGUUUCUCAUGAACUAUUAAGCAAAAUAUAACUCAAGAGAUAUUAUGCAUGGUAGCUUAUAAAGAGGUGGAGAGAAUAAGGCUCUGAUUUAAAGCUAGCAAAUUAGGUACUUAUUUAAGAAAAUGCCGAUUAUCAACUAUCAUACCUAGGUUGAUAGCAGAGCCAGAAGCAGACUUAAUGAUGAUAUAUCAUUAGGUGAGGUUAAUAUUCAUAAUAAUAAUAGCAGUAUAACUAUACAUAAUGAAGAGGAUGAUAUUAAAGGCAGAUAGAGUAGUGAUAAUUGUUACAAUCUUUGGAAUGGAUCUACUAAGUUAAGAGCUAAAAGUCAAUAGAAAGGUAUUAAAAGUAGUAGAAUCCGUUAGGAUAAUCAAGAAGAAAUAUUAGCUUAGUCAUAAGACUAUAAAACUUAUCUUGAAGAGUAAAAUAUUAAAUCUAAUACUGAAUAAAAGUAGCAAUAGCAACCAGAGAAGACCAGAUUUAAAUAAAAAAAGAAAAAUAGUUCAAAAAAUAAGGCUAAGUCCAGGGAAAGAGAUGCUACAACUCCUAAUCAUAUGCUAUUUAUCUGA